AUGGCUCGAAGGAUGGCCUAUGUGACUCUACUCACAAAAACCAGUUAUUUACCUGGCGUUCUGGUGCUCGAUUGUAACCUUAGAUCUGUGGCUUCUGCGUUCCCUCUUGUUGUGAUGGUCACUCCUACGCUUCCCCAGGAUGCUCGGAGUGUUCUGGAGCGAAGGGGCAUUUCCAUGCGGCCUAUCGAAUCGCUGCGCCCUCCAGAGGGAAAGCAUUCACUUUCAACUCAUGACGCAAGAUUCGCUGACACAUGGACGAAGCUGAGGGCAUUUGAACUAAAAGAAUAUGAACGUGUUGUCCUUAUGGAUGCCGAUAUGAUCGUGAUGCGCAAUAUGGACGAGUUAUUUGACAUCGAUCUCCCAAACAACUGGAUAGCUGCUGCGCAUGUGUGUGCUUGUAACCCACGCAAGUUACCCCACUAUCCUGCUGAUUGGGUUCCCGAGAACUGCGCAUAUACUCCAUUGAUCCACCCCUCUGGCCUGACUACUCCAAUGGUCAUUACAGAAACAAGCCCACGUCCGCACACUCAGCUGAAUUCCGGCAUCGUGGUUCUCAACCCUUCUCUGGCUCUUGCAGAAACCGUCCGCAACCACCUUUACACUUCACCUCUAGUUUCAACUUGGUCAUUCCCAGACCAAGACCUCCUAUCAGAUUUAUUUAGAGGAAUGUGGAAACCUCUUCCAUGGUGUUACAAUGCGCUCAAGACAUUGAUGUUAAUUCACAAACCGCUGUGGAGAGACGAGGAGAUCAGAUGCCUUCACUACAUUUUGGCUGACAAGCCUUGGCAGGCCAGGGUAUCUGAAGAUGAUACAGGAGAGUACGCAAAGAGUCACAGGUGGUGGUGGCAGAGGCUAGAGCAGCUCGGCCGAGAGAUGAAAGGAGAACCCGAGGACUGGGAGCUAGUGUUGGCGAAUGUUGCACAGUGA